AUGCUUAAUGCUUCAUUUAAUUCAUAAGAUUAAUUAGCCAAAGAAAACAAAAAGUUAAAAUAAAGUUUGGAUUAAAAGUUAAAAGUAAAAGAUGAAUUUAUAUAAGAUUAUUGAAUAAUUAGAAUAAGCAUUAUUAUAAAGUGAGUAAACAUUGAAAGAAGUGCAUGAGAAGGCAAAUUAAUUUUGUUAGUAAUAGGAAGAUGAAAUAAAAUAAAUAAAAGAUUAAUAUUCAAGACUUGAAUAAGAACAUAAUGCCAUAUUAGUAAUUAUUUCCAUAUAUUAUUUAAGGCUGAAAGAGAAUAUGAGAAUUAAUAGAUAAAUAAAUAAAAAGAAUAAGCUUUAUUUAAAGUUCAGAUUUUAUAAGAUGAAGUUUUGAAAUCAAAAAGAGGAUCUAUUGGAAGUUAGCAUAUUCCUGGAUCUAAAUAUUCUGAAACUGCUAAUGAUAUAUCAAUGAGAGAAACACCAUCAUCAUCUCAUAGAUAUAAAUUUUCAGAUGGAACAUUCAAAUCUUAUUAUGGAAUUGAUGCUCAUUCAAAAUUAAUUUAUGAUACAGUAAUAAUCAUAUAUAAAUUAUAGUAAAAACUUUUACUUGAAAAUUAAAGAUUAAAUAGUCAAAUGUGCAAAUUAUAUUAGAUUCUAGGAUUGGAUAAAAAUAGAUCAAAUAGAUUAGAAGAUGGAGAAAAGAUUAUAUAAUCAGUGCAACUAUUAUUAUAAGAAGUUAUUGUAAUUCUAAUUUAUUUAUCAUUAAAGGAUUGUAAAUAGGAAAUUUAAAAUUUAAUUUAAGCAUAACCUUCAAGAAGUUUGAAGUAUUAGUCUAUGGAGAAGGAAUUAUUAUAAACAAAAUAAAAAUACUAUGCUAUUGAAAGGAGUCCUAAAUUUUGGAAUUCUAGUAAUGAUACUCCAAAAGCUAAAUUUUUUAAUUACUCAAAUUCAUCAGGGAAAUGA